CCACAAGUUGGCCACAGCUGAGGACGUACACUUGGGACCUGACACAAGUUUAUCAGUCAGGAGAAAGAGCCAGCUUCUCAGGUGUCUUCAGAGAAGGUCACCCAUUACAGUGCUAACAUCAGAUUUCAUGGACUGGAAGUGCUUGUUGAUACCUGAUCCAAGUAAACCAUUUCCCAUUCUCUUAAGAGCAUUUCUCUGUUUGUAGCUGGCUCUCUGUUCCAUUAUGCCCACUGUGGUGGUAAUGGAUGUGUCCCUUUCCAUGACCCGACCUGUGUCUGUUGAGGGGUCUGAGGAAUACCAGCGGAAGCACCUGGCUGCCCAUGGCUUGACGAUGCUAUUUGAACACAUGGCCACAAACUACAAGCUUGAAUUUACAGCACUGGUGGUUUUUUCAUCACUUUGGGAACUGAUGGUCCCCUUCACAAGAGAUUACAACACCCUACAGGAAGCACUGAGUAACAUGGAUGAUUAUGACAAGACCUGCUUGGAGUCUGCAUUAGUUGGUGUUUGCAAUAUUGUCCAGCAAGAAUGGGGCGGAGCAAUUCCUUGCCAGGUGGUUCUGGUGACUGAUGGCUGUCUUGGCAUUGGCAGAGGCUCACUUCGACAUUCCCUAGCUACUCAGAAUCAAAGAAGUGAGAGCAACAGAUUUCCACUCCCCUUUCCUUUCCCAUCUAAGUUAUAUGUCAUGUGCAUGGCAAACUUGGAGGAGCUUCAGAGCACUGAUUCCUUGGAAUGCCUUGAACGACUCAUAGACUUAAACAAUGGUGAAGGGCAAAUUUUUACUAUUGAUGGCCCCUUGUGUUUGAAAAAUGUACAGUCUAUGUUUGGAAAGCUGAUAGAUCUGGCAUACACACCUUUCCAUGCUGUUCUCAAGUGUGGCCACCUAACAGCUGAUGUACAAGUCUUCCCCAGGCCAGAGCCUUUUGUUAUAGAUGAAGAAAUUGAUCCUAUCCCUAAAGUCAUUAACACAGAUUUGGAAAUAGUGGGCUUUAUUGAUAUAGCUGACAUUUCAAGCCCCCCAGUUUUGUCCAGGCAUUUGGUCUUGCCUAUAGCACUUAACAAAGAAGGUGAUGAGGUGGGUACUGGCAUCACUGAUGACAAUGAAGAUGAAAAUUCAGCCAAUCAGAUCGCUGGCAAAAUACCCAACUUCUGUGUACUGCUCCAUGGUAGCCUGAAAGUAGAAGGAAUGGUGGCAAUUGUACAACUAGGUCCUGAAUGGCAUGGAAUGCUCUACUCACAAGCUGACAGCAAGAAAAAAUCAAACCUCAUGAUGUCUCUCUUUGAGCCAGGCCCAGAACCUCUCCCAUGGCUGGGGAAAAUGGCACAGUUGGGUCCCAUUUCAGAUGCUAAAGAAAACCCUUAUGGGGAGGAUGACAACAAGAGCCCAUUCCCCCUGCAGCCCAAAAACAAACGCAGUUAUGCCCAGAAUGUGACUGUCUGGAUCAAACCCAGUGGCCUGCAGACAGAUGUACAGAAGAUCUUAAGAAAUGCAAGGAAGCUCCCUGAAAAAACACAGACAUUCUAUAAGGAGCUGAACAGGUUACGAAAAGCUGCCUUAGCCUUUGGUUUCCUGGACCUGCUUAAAGGAGUGGCAGACAUGCUGGAGAGGGAGUGCACCCUGCUACCUGACACGGCUCACCCAGAUGCCGCAUUCCAGCUUACCCAUGCUGCCCAGCAGCUCAAGCUGGCCAGCACUGGCACCUCUGAGUAUGCUGCAUAUGACCACAACAUCACACCCCUGCAUACAGACUUCUCAGGGAGCAGCACUGAACGAAUGUGACACUGACCUCUGGAGCUUUCCUUCUCUGUUCAUUUUGUCUGAAAAUGGUUUAGUGUUAAAACCUUUCCCACUCAUUCAGCUCCAAAUAGCCACCCAAGGACCUUGAGCUGUCUCAGAAACAGCAUUGCCAUUUGAAUGUGUCUACUGCAGUCUGAGAAAAAUAUGAAGAGUGGUCAUCUGGGGUUUUAACAUUAGCUGUGUGGGGGCUCAGUCAUUAAGUCCAGAAACAGCUUUUGUUCCAUGUUGAGUACAGCUCCUGAGAAGCUUGGACAGAUGAAGACAGAGCUCCGCUGCCACCCUCAGGAAGCCUGCCCACAAGGGCCUUCCCGCGUCCAGAAAGCAGCUUUUUUUACAGGUUUACGUCAAUUAUAAAUAAGGACAUUAUUAAACUAUUGUGCUUAGGAUGAGCAAUCCAGGCAUCUAGAACUUGCCUAAGUACAAACCUGAUGCCACUGAGUUCCAAAUUGUUUUCUUAGAACUUGUUAAAAUACAGUGGCAAUGCUUAGGUGCUUCUGCUGUAUCUCAAGGUACAAAUUUUUAGAUGGUAACUACAUCUGUGUAAAAUCACUCCUGUUCAUGUUUUUAAAUGAAAAUUAAAUGAUUUUCUAUAAAA